AAUUUGCACCGGCAUAACAGCACUGAGAUACAAACAGCUUCUCCGCCACAAUGGAUUAUAGCAGCGUAAAUAGCUCCCAAGCAAACUGUAGUUAUGAAGAGGCGAUUAUGCCGAGUGAUUUUAGGAGAAUUUUGUGUUUGAUUGCAUUGUUUUCCGUGGUAGUCGUAACAAUGUUUGGAAAUGUUUUCUUAAUUUCCAGAAUUGUCCAAAGAGGGCAGUUUGAAAGAAAAAUUAACGUGUUCGUCAUUUCGCUGGCUGUAGCAGAUUUUUGUGUGGGAGUUAGUGUCAUGCCAUCUUCAAUUAUCCAUAACUUCACCGACGAUUCAUUCUUUCGAAAAACUUUGUUUGUAAAAGCAUUUUUCGCUAUGGACAUAAUAUUUACAACAUCUUCAAUUUUGCAUUUCACGUGUAUCAACAUUGACCGAUUUGUGGCAGUGAGUUAUCCUUUGAAAUAUUUCCAAAUGAUGAACAGAAAGUUGACAACAGUCAUGAUAGUGCUUGGCUGGUCUAUAGCAUGUUCAAUUUCCGCGACAAUUGUUUUCUUAUCUGACAAAGGAGAUGCUUGUAGUCCGCAUUACACUUUUAGUGUGCAGGGAACAGCGACUGUCGUUGGUUCAGUUUUUGUGUUUUACAUCCCACUAGCGUUAAAUAUUUGUGCUAGCAUCAACAUUUACCUCAAAGUUCACAGAAGAGCCCAAGAAUUGUGUCACGUGAUGCCUAACGAAUCUACUGUUCUCCAACGGAACCAGCAGAGAAUGGAAUCACGCGUGAUACGGACUAUAGUCAUUCUACAGGGGUGUUUUGUGCUGUGUUUUACUCCGUUUUUCUUGCUUCUCGUGUUAAAGAAUAUACAUGCACUAGGUUUGGAGCCCUCACGGACCUCGUUAUUAGUUGUCACGUGGAUUGGUUACAUCAAUUCCACUAUAAAUCCUUAUCUCUACUACUUCAUGAAUAAUCGAUUGAAGAAACCCGCUCAAGAGAAUCUUAAAACUGUUUCUACUGAGGCUGUCCACCUUUAAUUCUAAUAGAUUUAAAAGACUUCCCACAUCAUUAAAUUCAUAUCUUAUUAAAGUUUUUAAACAAUAAA